CCCGACCCGGGUAGAAAGACGAUGCAAGCUUUAUCGGAUUGGAUGGAAAUGGAUGCAGUUGCAGAUUAGCAUCUUCAAUUCCAUUUUCUACUCUCCCCUGCAUUUGCUUAAACCCUAAUGCCAUAAACCCUCUCUGUGCCAAAUCUUCUUUCAUCCACUUAUGAAUUUUGCACAACAAUGAACAUUCUCUCUUCGCCGCAGUUUCACCACAUCACCAAGUCCUUCCACACCCACCGCCGUGAGCAACCGCAUUCCAAUCGGAACAGAAACUCUCCGGCGCAAGUUCUUCUUCUCCGGAGGCCAUUCACAGUGUUCUGCAAAUCCUCUUCCUCGAGUAGUGACCCCACCUCUGAUGAUUAUGUGAGCCGGGUUUUGGAGGAGAAUCCAAGCCAAGUGCAACCCAAGUUUCUAAUCGGCGAAAAGUUCUAUAAUUUGAAAGAAAAACAGAAUUUGGGUCAAAAAUCAAAUGUGGGUAUUUUUGAUGCGUUGACGAAGCGGUUGAGCUUGAAGAAGAACCAGAGUAAGAGUGAGGAUGAGGUUUCGGCUGAGAGAGAUUCUGUGUACUUGAAGGACUUGCUUAAGGAGUACAAAGGGAAGCUUUAUGUUCCUGAGCAAAUUUUUGGUAGAGAAUUGUCGGAAGAGGAAGAGUUCGAUAGGGACUUGAAAUCGUUACCGAAAAUGAGCAUUGAGGAGUUCAGGAAAGCUAUGAGUAAAGACAAGAUCAAGCUGAUAACUUCAAAGGGGGAUGGAGGUCUUUUUAAUGGCAGUGGUUAUCGGGAUUUUAUCGUCGAGUUGAAGGAUAUCCCUGGUGAUAAAAGCUUGCACACAACCAAAUGGGCUCUUAGAGUGGAUAAUAGUGAAGCUCAAGAAAUUUUGGAGGGCUAUACUGGACUACGAUAUGAGAUAGAGAGAGGACAUACUAUGUCUUGGGUAGGAAAAAUGCCAGAGUACCCUCAUCCAGUUGCAUCUUCCAUUUCUAGCAGAGUGAUGGUUGAGCUUGGGGUGGUGACAGCAUUUGUGGGUUUAGCAGCACUUCUAGUUGGUGGCUUCCUUGCAGCAGCAGUAUUUGCUGCCACAAGUUUUAUAUUUGUGACAACUGUCUAUGUUGCGUGGCCUAUAGUCAAACCAUUCCUCAAGCUUUCUCUUGGAAUUGUUUUAGCGAUUCUGGAGAGGGUUUGGGAUAAUAUUGUUGAUAUUUUCAGUGAUGGUGGCAUUUUCUCCAAGCUUUAUGAGUUUUACACUUUUGGUGGUGUGUCAUCCAGCAUUGAGGCAUUGAAACCUAUUAUGCUUGUAGUUUUAACUAUGGUCCUUCUUGUUCGCUUCACUCUUUCGAGAAGACCUAAAAACUUCAGGAAGUGGGAUCUUUGGCAGGGAAUAGACUUCUCACGAUCCAAAGCUGAAGCUCGAGUUGAUGGUUCAACUGGAGUUAUGUUUUCUGAUGUGGCUGGAAUCGACCAGGCAGUUGAGGAACUUCAAGAGUUGGUGAAGUACCUAAAAAAUCCCGAGCUAUUUGAUAAAAUGGGGAUCAAACCUCCGCAUGGUGUUCUUUUGGAGGGCCCUCCUGGAUGUGGCAAGACCUUGGUAGCCAAGGCUAUAGCUGGUGAAGCUGGUGUUCCAUUUUACCAAAUGGCUGGAUCAGAAUUUGUGGAAGUUUUAGUUGGAGUUGGUUCUGCACGUAUUAGAGAUCUAUUUAAAAGAGCCAAGGUGAACAGACCAUCAGUUAUAUUCAUAGAUGAAAUUGAUGCAUUGGCAACGAGGCGUCAAGGUAUUUUCAAGGAGUCCACAGAUGACCUGUAUAACGCAGCCACCCAGGAAAGAGAAACUACAUUGAAUCAAUUGUUGAUAGAGCUUGAUGGUUUUGAUACUGGAAAGGGUGUUAUAUUUCUAGCUGCCACAAAUCGUAGGGAUUUGUUGGAUCCUGCACUUCUUCGUCCAGGUCGUUUUGAUCGAAAGAUCAGGAUUCUCCCUCCAAAUGCUAAAGGAAGACUUGAUAUUUUGAAAAUUCAUGCUGGCACAGUAAAAAUGUCAGACUCUGUUGAUUUAUCCAGCUAUGCACAGAACCUACCUGGAUGGAGUGGAGCAAGAUUGGCACAAUUGGUCCAAGAGGCUGCGCUUGUGGCUGUCAGAAAACAACAUAACUCAAUUCUUCAGUCAGAUAUGGAUGACGCAGUUGACAGACUUACCGUAGGACCUAAACGUAUUGGAACAGAAUUAGGUUAUCAGGGACAGUGUCGUAGAGCUACUACUGAAGUGGGGGUUGCAUUAACUUCUCAUCUGCUCCAGCGAUAUGAGAAUGCAAUAGUUGAAUGCUGUGAUCGCAUCUCAAUCGUACCUCGUGGUCAGACAUUGUCUCAAUUGGUAUUCCAUCGACUUGAUGAUGAAUCAUAUAUGUUCGAACGUCGGCCUCAGUUGCUGCAUCGCCUUCAGGUUCUGCUCGGAGGUAGAGCUGCUGAGGAAGUUAUCUAUGGACGUGACACAUCAAAAGCCUCAGUUGACUACCUUGCAGAUGCAUCCUGGCUUGCUCGCAAAAUAUUAACCAUAUGGAAUUUGGAGAAUCCGAUGGUCAUACAUGGAGAACCACCACCUUGGAGGAAGUCGGUUAAAUUUGUGGGACCAAGGCUGGAUUUCGAAGGAUCUCUUUAUGAUGACUACAACUUGAUUGAGCCACCAUUAAAUUUUAAGCUAGAUGAUCAAGUUGCACAAAGAACUGAAGAGUUGAUUUGCGACAUGUAUGGAAAGACGGUGUCUCUCCUUAGGAGGCACCAUGCAGCUUUGCUCAAAGCUGUAAAGGUUCUUCUCAAUCAGAAGGAAAUCAGUGGUGAAGAACUAGAGUUCAUUUUGAACAAAUACCCUCCGCAAACACCUUUGCAUCUUUUGGAGGAGGAAGAAGAUCCUGGCAAUCUUCUUUUUAGCGAAGAACAAGAGCGCGAUUUGGUGUAUGCAUUAGAAACUCACUCAAAGGAAGAAGAAACCAUAUGAGUUCUUUCUCAGUCCUUCUUUGAAACCAAGUAUUUGUUACUGGAUUCCUGGCCAGUCAGUGUUUCAGAUUUGGAAAUUGCACUUGGGACAGACUCCUCAGAGGACAUGUCUGCACGAAGGGCUACAUUCGAAGCUUCUAUUUUCAGAUAGAUAUAUGUAUUUUAUUAGAGCUAGAAAUUUUGUUCAUGCAAUUUGUAUUGAGUGUGUUGUUUAGUAACAUGUUUAUCGGCAUAGGAGUGCUUUAUUUUAAGCAAAUUAGCAUAGUUUACCAUAUGCUUUCAAGGUGUGUUUGCUUAGAGGAGUGUCUGUGUGGAGGUAAGUGAAGGAUUAAAUUUUCAUUUUUAAAUUUAAAAAUAGCCAGGGCCAAAUUGUUUUUCAAAUAA